AAUAUAUAAUUAAUUAUAUUUAUACAGCUGGCGGCGCGUGCCGUAGCAUAAGCAGCAGAGCUAACCACCGUUCAUACCAACCAAAUGUACGUCUACAAAAUGGGUAAUCGUGUGCCGGAGCUGAUUAUAUGCUCCUUCAUACUCAUCAGUCUGCUGGUUAUAAACUUUUUCUCGGAUCUACUACGCGCCUCACUUGGCGGCUCCUACGCCCAACAUUCGACCCUCACACAGCUGGUGGACGCCCAAUCUAAAGAGUACGCUUGGCUCCUGAAACUGCUGGUUAACUGCUUUGGCUACAGCUGCGUCUUUGUGCCCGGCUAUCUCAUCUAUAAGUAUGUGCAGCGCACGAACUAUUUGGAACGUGGUACCAAGACGUUCAUACACACAGCCGUCAAUAUGUGUAUAACCGGCAACUCGAGUCAUACGGAUGCAGAUACCUUGCAGUCCAAGGCUGGCACUUCGGAAGUGACGCUACCCGUUACCAACGAUCGCGCUGCGACGCCCAAACGGACCAGCUCCCAAGAGGCAGUGCUGCUAUUGUGGUGCUUUCUGGGUUUGAUGGUCUCUUAUUUGACUUGGGGUGUGUUGCAGGAGAAGAUUAUGACUCAGGAGUAUCGCAAUUUCGAUGGUGAAUCUUCCAAAUUCAAGGACUCACAAUUUCUUGUCUUCUCCAAUCGCAUAUUGGCCUUCAUUGUGGCCUUCAGUUAUCUGCAAUGGAAGUCUUCACCCACCAGACAUCGGGCUCCACUCUAUAAGUACUCCUAUGCCUCAUUCUCGAAUAUAAUGAGCGCUUGGUUUCAAUACGAGGCCCUCAAGUUUGUCAACUUUCCAACACAAGUGCUGGCCAAGUCCUGCAAAAUCAUUCCCGUCAUGCUGAUGGGCAAGAUAAUGUCAAAAAACAAAUACGAAUCGUACGAAUAUGUGACCGCUCUGCUCAUUUCUCUUGGAAUGAUAUUCUUCAUGACCGGCUCGGCAGAUAACAGCAAGGCCAGUGGCGUGACGACAUUAACUGGCAUCUUUCUUUUAUCCAUGUAUAUGGUUUUUGACAGCUUUACGGCCAACUGGCAGGGAAAUUUAUUCAAAACCUAUGGCAUGACUUCCCUGCAGAUGAUGUGCGGCGUUAAUCUGUUCUCAUCGAUCUUCACGGGCGCUUCAUUGUCCAUGCAGGGUGGCUUUAUGGAGUCCUUGGCCUUUGCCACUGAGCAUCCCCUGUUUGUGUUCGACAUCGUUAUACUUUCUAUAUGCUCGGCUGUGGGACAAUUGUUUAUUUACCAUACAAUAGCCGUUUUCGGGCCAGUUGUGUUUACCAUCAUCAUGACACUGCGGCAGGCCGCAGCCAUUAUGCUCUCAUGCUUCAUAUAUCAGCACAGCAUAUCGUUUCUGGGCGUUUUUGGCGUUUUAAUUGUCUUCUUGGCCAUCUUUUUGCGCGUCUACUGCAAUCAGCGCAUGAAGAGGCUGCGAAAGCACGCCGAGGCCAACAAACCCAAGCUGGCUGUUUAGCAAUCUGUCUCAGCUGCACUUAAAAUCCCACUAAACUGCUCAAAUACGCACAGCCUAAGGUUUGGAACGGACCUAUCCAGUAUAUGAAUAUAAAUGUUAGUCACGAAAUAAAGUCCAGCAGCUCAACUCGAAUAGAUAGUUAGACGAAUUCUUAGCUAAACUUUUUGCAAUGAGUUGGGUUAGUUGGUCUCAUAAUCUUUCCUCUGAUAAACUAUAGCUCGUAACUCCUACAUAACACUAAAGCCAACUGACUAUUGUAUAUUGUUGUUUUAUAUUUAUAAGUUUUAAUCACACAGUUAAGUGCAAAAGUUUACUUAAAUUUAUUGUUUGCCCAGACUUAGAGCAGAGGCUAGCGAUCCAACGAUUUUAU